CUCUGGGGUUGCCUGCUUUGUGUCUCUGCAGGCCCUUCAGGCUGCAGGCUUCCCCGGGAGAGAAGUCACUCCGGCACCAUGAGAGGCCUCCUCGCUGCUUUGCUCAUCUCAGCGCUGGCAAGCCCAGUUGUAGAAUCCCUGAACUGCGUUCAGUGCAACUCAUUCACAAAGCCCUGUGCCAACGUCAGUGCCUCUGAGUGUCCUCUGGAGGAGGCCCACAGCUGUGUCAGCUCCUGGUCCAACUCCCUCCUGGGAGGAACCCUCAGCUUGUACGAGGACAUGUCCUGCUCGGCCGCCAACUGCAGUGGGGACCCGGAUGCCUUCCUAUCCUUCACCGUCCGCGUGUCCGAUACAGAGCACUUCGAUUUCGCAAGCCAGUGCUGCCAAGGAAAGACAUGCAAUACCACCGACAGCACCUCAGAUUCUCCACAGGAAGAUCUUUCCGACACCCAGUGCCUUGCUUGUUAUGGGUGGAACACCACGUCCUGUACCGGGAAACCCUGGAAAUGUUACAAAGGAGAACGAUGUGUCUACCUCAUCGCCCAAUUUAAAAAUGCCACAGAGACUCUUGUGCUGAAAGGCUGCUCCAACAUCGGGACCUCCACCUGCGAGCUCCUAUCUGCCAGAAACGAGACUUUCGAGGGACUCGCCUUGCAGAAGAUUGAAUGUACGGACGCCACGCCAAUUGCUCUGCCCAGCCCGGGCUCCAGAACCUUCCCCGGCCCCUUGGCCCUUACCAGCCUUCUUCUGUUGGGGCUGCUGCUCUGAGGCCCAUGACUCUGUCCUGCCCAUGCCCCGUG